UAUUUACGUUUAAAAUACGAGAAGUAUCCAUUUUGAAGAUUUGUAUUACCACUGUAGUAAUUUUACUUAUAUCGAUUGGAUUAAUCACUAAAAAUGGGACACGGAACCACAGCUGGAUUUGGCCUUGCCGCACUUUCGUUGGUUGGAAUAAUGUAUUGUAUCAUCAGUAAUGAAUGGAAAAGAUCGAGUCAACUUGCUUCUCAGCAGAGUUUGAAGUUUCUAUAUCUCAGUGAAGGAUUAUGGAUGAGAUGCACCGUGCCAACGCCAGGCAUUAUGCAGUGUGAUAACUACAGCACCGCUCUUUUUGAUGUUGAACAAUACCUUCAAGCCUUACGAGCCAUGAUGAUUCUGUCUGGAAUAUGUAUGUUUGCAGCUUGCGUUCUUGAUUGCCUUGCAAUGGAUUGCAUCAAUUGUGUAGAAGAACGAAACCAACUUUGGCUCGCUAGAGUAGGAGGAGUGCUUGCUGUGUUAGCUGGGCUCUUGUGCGUUGCAUCCGUAUCGUGGUACGCUUCGGAAGUGAUAAAAGAAUUCAGAUACGACUUUAUCGAAGAGGGAAUCAAAUAUACAUUUGGUUCCGCACUCUAUGUUGGAUGGGUUGCUGGGGGAUUUGCUGUGAUAUCAGGAUGCAUAACAGCUUGUUGUAACUGUAUUUCCACCGAAGACGAGAGAUUGGAAUAUUCGUACAAGCCUCCCAAGAGCAAACCAAAAACCUCAGAAGAAUAUGUCUAAAUUGAAAAGCGUCAAAAUUUGGCAGAUGAAAAAUAACUUCCGGAUAAUAAACUCAGUCGCAAUCGUUUUGCUUUGCUGGGUUUAAAAUGUAUAUACAGUAAUAUAACCUGUUUUGUUAUAUAUGCUACAUUUUGCUUUAUUCUCUAGAAAUUAAGUUCAAAUUAAACGAGUUUCGAAAUAGGAUUCAAAAAAGACUAUCAAAUUGUUUGCAAAUGAAAAUUUAACAACUUUGGACUUUUUUGCAAAUAUAUAUAAUUUUUGUGAUUUUUACAUUGCGAUGUAGCCUAUAUGUAUAUGAAACUUGCACUUGUUAAAGAAAAUCAAUAAAGAUUGUAUGAAAUAUUUCUUGGUUUAGGUAAAAUUUCAGAAUGUGAAUGAGAACAUUGUCUUUUUUUCUUUUUCAAAGUUAUCCUUUUGUUAAGCUGAAGCGAGUUUAAGGUAUAAUUCGUAACAUAUAUAUAAUUUUGUGUAUUUUCUGUCGUGAUAUGCUAUUUCCAUUUUGUUAAAAAAUCAUAGUUUAAUAUAGCAUUCAAGAAUUUAUAGUUCAAACUUGAUUUCCGCUUAAAAUUUCUCUGUAUUUAAACUUUUUGAAUUUCGGAAUCGAAACGAUGCAUUUGUUUGAGAAGAGUAGGUUAAAAAUUAUGCUUUUAUUGGCAUAUUUUAUGUGUGUUAGGAUAUUUUAAAUAUGAAUUUUGCAUGAUUUGUACAAUUGUACUUUGGUGGGCAAAUAUGCCGCUCAUUGUUUCUCUAUUUUAUUUUUCAUAUAUCUCCUAGCAUUAUAUUGGUCACUUGGAACCUGGAAUAUAUUACGUAAUUGUAAAUUCCAUAAUUCAUAAAACUGGUGAUUUUCUGUCGAUCAAGUUUCUGAAAUAACAGGAAUUUUAACUUGAAUAUUUCGAAUAAUUGUUCUCGUUUGACAAAUUUCUUCUCAGGUCAUGUAUAUGGUGUGCUUCUAGAUGUAGCGCUAUGAUUUGAAGUGUCUCAUUAUUGUGUAAUAUGUUAUGAAGCAUAAUCUGCGUGGCCUAUAUAGAUAUAAUAUAUAUGUAAUAAGAAAAAUGUUUGAAUAUAGCCAUCAACAUUCCAAAAAUUGAAAACAAA